AAUCACAUGUGCACCAUCGUCACUCGCUAUCUCUGCUUUAAACCAUCUUAGAUUGUGAGAUGAGAAUCAGAUGGGAGAUCGGAAAUGCGGGAUCAUACUUAAGAGAGAGGAGAAAAAAAGAAGAAUCCAAACCUUCUACCCUUGUGACUGCAAAUUUUAUUCUUCGCCUCAUCGCUUAAAAUGUGGAGUUCCAUUACUUCCAUAUUCUUUGAAUGUAUUUUCUUCAUCAAGAACAUAUGAUUUCCAAGCCCAUUUUCGCUAAGGCGGGGUUCUCGUAGUUCUUUCUAAAAUCUAAAUUUCAUUUAAAAUACGUAAAAUAAAAGAAAGAAGGAGACAAAGAGGAAAACUGAGGACUCAUAAAUCUCGUUUAUAAUCUACUCCAGUUCAAAGCCUUUUAGGGUUUAGAAGAAUUCCCGAAAAGAGAAUCGGAAACUGUAGAAACCUUGGAGCAGCUUUGGUUUUGUUUUUUUUCUUUGUUCCGAUCAAACCCUAGGGUUUUUGCGGAUACUAGGGUUUGGUGGCGAUGUCUGCGGGAGUUUGCGGUAAGCGUCUGGGAUUCGAAGAAAUCUUCGGAUCUUCGACGCCGACGUCUUCGGCUAAGAGAGCGAGGUGUUCUAGUUUUGGUUCUCCUAUCCGUUCGGCAGAUUUCGGGUUCGGCUCUGAGGAUAAGGUCUCCCUUUUGCUACGAAUGUUCCCUUCGAUGGAUCGAGAGGUUGUUCGUGCAGAAAUCUUUUUCGUUUUGUCCUUUCUGGUGGUAGAAACUGUUCUCAAUACUCACAAUCACAACAUUGAAGAUGCUAUUGAAAGUCUUCAUGCUCUCUGCCUUGGUAGCAUUUCUGCCAAAAACGAAGCACAGAACCUUGAUCCAAUGGUGAUUGCAAAUUGCCCAACAGGUUUUAGGUCUGCACAUCCAGGCAAUGAAAGUUGUCAGAUAUCAGAGCAGGAGACUGAAAAUUUAGAGGAUAACAAUUCAACUUGUGAGGGUAAAAACGCUGCAAGUGGAACUGCAUGGAUAGACAUUUUUGUGCAAGAAAUGAUGAACGCCACAGAUCUUGAUGAUGCCAGGGGUCGCGCUGCUACAAUCUUAGAGGCUUUUGAAAGGAAUGUUGUUGCUCAGGCAAGAACAUUGGAGGAGCAGGAGAUUGCUUCUCUAAGAGAGAAUCUGCAGAGCUUGUUGAAGGACAAUCAAAUACUGAAGAGAGCAGUUGCCAUACAGCAUGAACGCAAUUUGGAGCAGGAGGAGAAGGUGAGGGAAGUACAACAGUUGAAGAACUUGAUAAGUCAGUACCAAGAACAAGUACGAACAUUGGAGCUGAACAAUUACACACUGAAGCUCCAUCUGCAAAGGGCACAAGAGAGUAGUUCCAUUCCGGGGCAUUUUCAUCCAGAUGUAUUUUAAGCCUAUUUUUCUCUCCAUCUGUUAUUUGUGGGUAUGUAUUAUAUAAUUUAUUUGUUGAUUCCCCAAAGUGUUAUGAGCCACCAUAAAAAAUGAAGGUUCUUGCGCGGUUCUGACCAAUCUGGCAAUCGGUUAUAGUGUUAUACAGUUCAAACCACCAUGCGGCUGCUGUGGCAAUUUCCAGUUAUCUGCCAAGUCGCCGGUCUCUGCUUAAUAGGUGUUUAUAUAUAUAUAUAUAUUUGAAAUGCUAGAAAGAGGGUAUGCUUUGCCUUGUAUCAGUAUUAUACAUUGCAUCUUUUCUUUGAUUAAUUCCACUUAGAUGGUAAGUUAUAA